AUGUCUGACAGCUCAGAUGAGGGCGUUGAAGAUGGAAUUUGGACUCCUUAUAAAGAAAGAGAUGAAUGGAAGGAUGUGAUACCUAUUCCUCAGGAUGAUGGGCCGAAUCCUGUUGUUGCUAUUGCUUACUCUGAUAAAUUUCGAGAUGCUUACGAUUAUUUCCGCGCUAUUUUAAAAAGCGGCGAAAAAAGUGAACGAGCUCUAGAACUUACAGCUGAUUGUCUUUGGCUUAAUCCCGCUAAUUACACAGUCUGGCAAUACAGACGUGAUAUUUUGAAGGAGCUGGACAAAGAUUUGUACGAAGAGCUCAAGUACAUAGACACGAUCAUUGAAGUAAACUCCAAGAGUUAUCAGGUUUGGCAUCACAGAAAAGUAAUUAUCGAAUGGCUGAGAGAUCCCAGUUGUGAGUUGAAUUUCACUGCAAUGAUCUUGGAAAAAGAUGCUAAGAAUUAUCACACGUGGCAACACCGGCAGUGGUGCAUUCAAGAAUUCAAAUUGUGGGACAAAGAACUGGAGUAUGUUGAACAGCUGUUGAAAGAAGACAUCCGUAAUAACUCAGCGUGGAACCAAAGAUACUUUGUUUUAAAUAAUAUAACGCAAUUUGAAGAUGAUGUUAUAGAUCGAGAAGUUGAUUUUGCUUUGGAAAAAAUAUCUAUUGUUAAAGGAAAUGAAAGCGCUUGGAAUUAUUUGCGAGGAAUCUUGAUGCACGAUAGAAAAGGAGGACUAGCGUAUAAUGAAAAAGUUAUGAAGAAAUGUGAAGAGUUGUAUACAAAUGGAAAUCGUGUUAAUCAUCUACUGGCAUGUAUUAUUGAUAUUUGUCAAGCAAGACAUCCUAAUGAACCUUUGGAUUCGUUUUAUCAUAUAAGUCGCGCAAUUACGGGUAACAGGAAUCAUUGUAAAGAAUUAUCAGAAAAUUAUGACAAAAUAAGAAAAAGAUACUGGGAUUAUGUUGUCACCCAAUUAGAAGAAACUGUUAAAGCAUGA